AUGGAGCAUCAUCCUCCAAAAUUCGAAGAAGAGUUUGACCCAGAAGGAGCUUGGAGAUGGAUUACAGACAUAGAACGAAUCUUCAAUGCAAUAGACUGUCGAGAAGAGCAUAACGUUGAUUGUGCCACGUUUAUGCUAAUUGGAAAAGCAGAGGAUUGGUGGAGGAUCAUGAGUUGUAUUUUGCCACAGGAAGAGGAUAAUAAGAGAGACUGGUGUACCCGAUUUGAGAAUGAACUGAGGAGUGAUCUUCGCACUAUAGUUACUAUUUUUCAACUGACGAACCUACCAACAUUAAUGAGCAAGUGUAUAAGUUUGGAAGACAAUUUGAAAGGGCAGCUAGUAAAUGAUAGAAUUACAAGAACAUUAGAACAAGAAAAGAAGCCUGAUGAGCAAGUGUAUAAGUUUGAGAAUGGACUGAGGAGUGAUCUUCGCACUAUAAGUGGGAGUGCAAGUGGAAGCAACCAACCUGCAUCUAGAGCAAGUAGUAAAGUGAAGCCGAGUGUGCAGGGAAAAGUUUUUGCUGUGAGUAGGUCUCAAGCAUCCAAAUCUGAUGAGUUGAUUAGAGGUAAAUGCAUCAUUAAUGAUAGACUAUGUGAUGUAUUAUUUGAUUCUGGUGCUACACAUUCCUUUGUUUCUAUGGAUUGUGUAAAUUGUAUUGGAUUGCCAAUAUCUUCCCUACUGUGUAAUGUUAUUGUGUCCACUCCUACAGCUAAGUCUGUUGUAACUUCUUCUGUAUGCUUAGCCUGUUCUAUAAUGAUUCAUGGUAGGAAUUUCUGUGUGGACUUAAUCUGUUUACCUCUUUCUCUACUAGAUGUUAUUUUGGGCAUGGAUUGGUUGUCGUCCAAUUGUCUUCUAUUAGAUUGUAAGGAGAAAGCUUUAAUCUUUGGUGAUAAUACACCAAGAAACUCUAGACUUCUAUAUAUGGGUGAAACGAGAAAUAUAGUUGAAACUAAGGCUUUUAUGGUAUUGUUUUUUGUUGAAAUUGAUAAGAUCAUGAAAGCUGAGUAUAUUCCAUUAGUACAAUAUUUUCUGGAAGUUUUUCCAAAGGAUGUAAUAGAAUUGCCACCAAAAAGAGAAAUCGAAUUUACUAUCGAUUUGAUUCCAGGAGCAAACCCAAUAUCGAUCGCACCAUACCGAAUGUCACUAGUGGAGUUAGCUGAGGUGAAAAAGCAAGUGGAAGAUUUAUUACAAAAGCAAUUUGUAAGGCCAAGUGUAUUGCCAUGGGGAGCUCUAGUGCUUUUGGUGAAAAAGAAGAAUGGGAGUAUGAGAAUAUGCGUUGAUUAUCAUCAGUUGAAUAAAGUGACAAUUAAGAAUAAGUACCUUAUUCCUAGAAUCGAUGAUCUGAUGGAUCAGUUACGAGGAGUCUCAGUGUUUUCAAAGAUCGAUUUGCGAUCAAGCUAUCAUCAGAUCCGAGUGAAGAAGGAAGAUAUUCCCAAGACAGCUUUUAGGACCCGCUACGGUCAUUACGAAUAUUUGGUAAUGCCAUCUGGUAUGAUCAAUGCACCAGAUAUUUCAUGA